AUCUGUGUGCGUGGAGAUAACUGAACAUCUACGCAGGAUGUGCGAUACAGUUCUUGUUCUGCCUUCUGUCUGCUUUCCGGCCCUUCAGGAGCAUGUCUGUUCUGUAAAGCACGCAGUUCUCCUCGUCUUCUCGGAGUAGUGGCUUUGGUCCGUGUCUCUUCUUCAGUUGUUUCGCAGGCACGACCAAGGCUGUCUUUCAGGCCGAAUGUCGCGCCGCUGUCUCCUGAGCCUCCUCGCCCUUCACGUCGCCACAGCCUGCCUGGAGGUCAACGUGACGAACAAGACGCUUCUGCCGACUUCAGAGGGCGCUGACGGCGUGAAGGCGCUGGUGGAAUUCCAACCGCAGGAGGGCGACUGGGGCGCGCUGUUCGAGGUGAAGCGAGAAGACAGGGUCGUGGCCAGGAUCACCAUCUCGCGCAAUGAGAGCAAAAUGGAAAAUAAACCUGCUUGCCAUGACCGUUUGGCAAUCCAGUGUGGAAAUGACAAUCCUAAUGUAUUUGAUUCUCCCUGGCCGGCAGCCUGGCACUCCGGUGAAGUCAAUUGUUUGCUGUUCAGGGUAUCCGAUGGUCUCAUCACAGUUUUGCAAAAGAAAAACUCUUCAGAAUUCCUGCAUAUCGGAUCAGAGGUUUGCAAAAUGAAUCACUCUGGCGUCUCCUUCUCAGUCUCAGAGCUCCCCCAUCUGCCCGCACCGACGCUCAGUCUCGGCUGCGCUGACGGAGAGCCACAUGAGACACGGAAGGCAUCGGAGACAUCAGGCGGUGUCCUGCUCACCGCCCUCCUGUGCGUGCUGCUGCCCCUCGCCGCGGCCAUCACCACCUGCUUAGUGUGGUUCUGCAGCAGGAGAUGCGGAAGAAGAUUCCACGGAGUCCUGGCGGUUAGGCUAUCGACGCUCCCGUCGGACGAGGCCCUGCAGAGCCCUCCCGACGAAGGCCUGAGCGUGAGGCAGCGCCCCCCCAUGCCAUCCCCCCGGACGGUCUUCCUCGAACGGCGCCAGCUGCGUCUCUCGUCCUCUACCUCGACCUCGUCCUCUGUGCUUCCUCUCCUGUCUUCGUCUCCGCCGUCGCGCUUCGACUCGCUCUCCUUGUCGUUCGCCGCAGAUCUCCCCGCUGCGCCCGUCGAGGACCACUUCGGGGCCGCCCCCUGCGCGCAGGAGAAGGGCCAGGAGAUGGUCCCCCUGAGGCGCCGUCCGAGCGACGACGAGGUCCACACCUACGAGAGAAUCACGUUCAUGAGCGCAUCUCUCUUCGAAUAGCACAAGACGCGGAUGGAGUAACACAGCAUCUCGAGACCAAGAUCCUCCAAGAUAAAACCAAGAAAUCGGUGAAAACAUACACGAAAAAAACAUUCAAUUUACAGCGUCUUUUAUGUUCAGACCAAACGCUCGACCAUGAUUUAGGAGUCGGGAUCCCGUAGCACAGCUUCAGCAGCCGAGGAAAUGCUUCAUGAUUUAUGGGCUGAUAACUGUGGCUCUCGGCCCGGCGCUGAGGAGGCAUUGCGUGAAAACCACACGUAAAAUAUCUUCGAAAUGUGCGAGAAAAAAAUAGUCCCUCAUGAAAUAACACCCCUGGUUACUACUGCACUGGCUGUUUAGAUGAAGUAGAGACGUGAAUUUGAGUCCAUGGCAAGGAAAGAAAAAUUAUACAUUUUUUUCACCCGGAUGCACUGGAAGUAUAACAGCCGUGAGGAUUGUUUCCACUACAUCGAGAUACAAAACAGUGCACAAACGAGCUCAUGUUUUUUUUUUUCAGUUUGGGUGAAAUAUCAGUUCGAUUAUUUUUAGUUACGUGUAUUUUGGUUGAUAACGUUAUCCGUCAUUGGUGUGACAUCGUGUGGCAUAAACUCUUGCUUCUUUUUAAAGGUACCAAGAGAUUAUUUUAAAUUAUACUAAUUAUAUGAAAUGAUAUUAUGUAUAUUCUUAAGAUUCCAUUAGAAGUUAAUUGAAUCUCUAUUAGUAACAAGCAGAACAAGAAAAUCGUGAGCCAUUAUUACGUAUUAUCUGUUUAAGCAACUUUACAUUAUUUAUGACCCAUAUUGCGUACAUUAGGUAAUUAUUCAACAGACAUUUAUAAUAAAUGUUCUAAUUAACAUGGUACAUUACCGUUUCACAUUUUGAGAAAUUCUAUUUUUCAUUUAUGUAAAUCAGUCAAUGAUUUGUUCCCUAAUCGAAGAAUAAAUAUAUGAUUAGCUGUCAAUUAAAUAUUUUAGUUUUUAAUGCCUACACUUAAAACGUUAUAACAUUUUUCACAAACUGGAUCAUCAUAUCUUAUAAAUUAAGUCUGUAGCAUCGUUUUGUAAUUUGCUGAAUAAAUAUAUUGG